AAUAAAAUAAAAAAAAAGAGUGAUACUAGCUUGUUUUUCCUCCUCAGCUGAUAACAAUGGCGAUGGCUUUCAAAAUGGCAACUACUGGGAUGUGGGUAACGGAUGAGUGCAAGAACUCAUUCAUGGAGAUGAAGUGGAAGAAGGUUCACAGAUACAUAGUGUUCAAGAUUGAUGAAAGGUCAAAGCUUGUCACCGUUGAUAAGGUGGGUGGUCCCGGCGAGGGUUAUGCUGAUCUCGCCGCUUCCUUGCCCAAUGAUGAUUGUAGAUACGCUGUUUUCGACUUCGAUUUUGUCACAGUUGAUAACUGCCGCAAGAGCAAGAUCUUCUUCAUUGCAUGGUCUCCAACAGCAUCAAGGAUAAGAGCAAAGAUGCUAUACGCAACUUCAAAGGAUGGGUUGAGAAGGGCUCUGGAUGGAAUCUGCUAUGAAGUGCAGGCUACUGAUCCAACUGAGAUGGGAUUUGAUAUAAUUAAAGACAGAGCCAAAUAGAUGCCCCUUUUUUCAAGUCGGAAUUGGACUCCGUAAUUAUGCGCUGAACUAAUCAAUUAAUCCUCCAAUUUUACUCUAUCUUUUUAUAAUUAAUCAUGUGAUUCCAAUCCAAUGACUCUAUGACAUGUGCUCUUCUUUCUGGCUUUUUAUGGUAGCUUAAUUAUGUUGGUUUUGGGCACCAUUGUGAUGUAAGUGGGGCAUCUAAUCUUCUAUCUUUAGUCAUUAUAAUAAAUUGUAUGUAAUAUAUGACUGUCGGGUCUAUGAUAAGUUAAGGACAACAAACCUUUGGUUGUAAUCCCUCUUGAUGAUGAAAAUUGUUGAAAGGAAAAGAUCAGCACAACUUUUCAGAUGGAAAGUUGAUGCGUCACCUUAUA